AUGACUGGCCAAGAUGUCCUUACUAUCAAGGAGUCUGCACAAGGUCUCCAGAUAGAGGAAGAUGAUACUUUCAAAGAGAUUGAUGAAAUCCGCUUGCUGGGAGGAUCCAGCCGCUGUUCUGGUUUGCUGCAGGUGAAGAGCCAGGGAGUUUGGAGAGAAGUGGAUGACCGUGGCUGGGACCUGAAGUUAGCAGAUGAAGUUUGUAGACAGCUGGACUGUGGUUCUGCGGUUCAGGCUUCGUCAGCAUCACCUACAUCUUCAUCUCCAUGGAGCAUCCCACCUUCCUGUCUUAACUCUAAAUCUAGACUGAGGAAAUGUUUGACAAAAAGGUCAAAGACUUUUUCUGCCAGUUUGGAGAUCAUCUGCUCAGACUCUGUCAGGCUGGUUAAUGGGACUAGUCUGUGUUCAGGCAGACUGGAGGUGAAGUCUAACCAUUUGUGGUCCUCAGUGUGUGAAGAUGACUUUAACCUGCAGGAUGCAGAGGUGGUCUGUAGGGAGCUUGGCUGUGGGGCUCCUUCAGUCCUCCAAGGGACUGUUUAUAGACAAAUGCGAGUGCCAGUGUGGACCAAAGAGUUCCAGUGUGGAGGCCAUGAGUCUGCUCUCCUGGAUUGUCAGAUUGACAGCUCAGGCUCAGCUAGAGACACCUGCUCAUCUGGCAAAGCUGUUGAACUCACCUGCUCUGAGCCCGAUAAUGUCCGGUUGGUGGGAGGAUCCACUCGCUGUGCUGGUGAACUGGAGGUGAAACAACAGGAAGAGUGGGAAAAGGUGGACGACCAAACGUCUGGCUGGAAUCUAAAGACAGCAGAUGUUGUGUGUGAACAACUGGACUGCGGCUCUGCUGUUUCUACAGGUUUGAGGAGGAGUGACUUUUAUGGAUAUAUAUGGCGGAUCAGAUCAACUUGUCUUCAGUCCAAGUCUGCAGUUAGGGAAUGUGUAUUUACAAAGUCUGGAACUUCAAAUUUAAACCUGGAGCUCAAGUGUUCAGAGUCUGUCAGGCUGGUUAAUGGGACUCGUCUGUGUUCCGGCAGACUGGAGGUGAAGUCUAACCAUUUGUGGUCCUCAGUGUGUGAAGAUGACUUUAACCUGCAGGAUGCAGAGGUGGUCUGCAGGGAGCUUGGCUGUGGGGCUCCUUCAGUCCUCCAAGGGGCGCUCUAUGCAGGAGUAGAGGGGCCCAUGAGGACCAAAGAGUUCCAGUGUGAAGGCCAUGAGUCUGUUCUCCUGGACUGUGGAAGCUCAGGCUCAGCUAGAGACACCUGCUCAUCUGGCAAAUCUGUUGAACUCACAUGUUCAGAGCCUGAUGACGUCCGGUUGGUUGGAGGAGCCAGCCGCUGUGUCGGAAGACUUCAGAUGAAACACAACAGAGAGUGGAGAGCGGUGGCAGUUGACUUCUCUAACUGGGACCUGAUGUCAGCAGCUGUAGUAUGCAGGCAGCUGGACUGUGGCUCUGCUCUUUCAACAGAAAGAAGAGAUGAUUUGCACAACCAAAAAGCAUGGAUAAUUGCAUCUCCCUGUAGUCCGUCUGAGUCUGCAGUCAGAGAGUGUGCAGUGUUAUCACCUUUGACACGUUAUUAUAGCCCGAUUCUCGGUUUGGAAGUCACCUGCUCAGAUAUUCUGGCUCGGCCAAACAUCUCCUUCUCUACCUACACUGACGGGGAUUCUGAGGCCAAGCAGCAGGGGCUUCAGGUGCUCAUGGGCUCCAACUUCACCAUCAGCUGCUCCAUCCUGCCACAGUAUCCAGGAGGCUCCUUCCAGCUUAUCUUCACCUCCUCCGACAUAACACAGAACUACACCUUGCCAGCUGUCAAUCACUCUGCCCAUUUCCUGUUCUCUGCUGCAGACCACACCCACCAAGGGAACUACAGCUGUGUUUAUCACAUCUAUGUUUUCUCCCACAACUUCUCUUCUGAGAGCCAGCCACUCCAUCUCACUGUCUCAGAACCUGCAGAAUCCAUUAGUGUGACUGCAGGGGAUUCAGCCACAUUGGAGUGCAUAAUUUCUGGUAGCCCAGACCUCAAAGUGAAGUGGUUUAAAGAUGGGAAAGAGAUGCCGGGGCAACAGGCUGCUGAGAUUGAUGAUAUCCGCUUGCUGGGAGGAUCCAGCCGCUGUUCUGGUUUGCUGCAGGUGAAGAGCCAGGGAGUUUGGAGAGAAGUGGAUGACCGUGGCUGGGACCUGAAGUUAGCAGAUGAAGUUUGUAGACAGCUGGACUGUGGUUCUGCGGUUCAGGCUUCCUCAGCAUCACCUACAUCUUCAUCUUCAAGGAGAAUCCCGCCUUCCUGUCUAAAUUCUAAAUCUACACUGAGGAAAUGUUUAACAAAAAGGUCCAUGAUUGUUCAUACAAAUUUGGAGAUCAUCUGCUCAGACUCUGUCAGGCUGGUUAAUGGGACUCGUCUGUGUUCAGGCAGACUGGAGGUGAAGUCUAACCAGUCGUGGUCCUCAGUGUGUGAAGAUGACUUUAACCAGCAGGAUGCAGAGGUGGUCUGUAGGGAGCUUGGCUGUGGGGCUCCUUCAGUCCUCCAGGGGGCGCUGUAUGGAGAGGUGGAGCCCCCAGUGUGGUCAAAAGAGUUCCAGUGUGGAGGCCAUGAGUCUGCUCUCCUGGACUGUGGAAGCUCAGGCUCAGCUAGAGACACCUGCUCAUCUGGCAAAGCUGUUGAACUCACCUGCUCAGAGCCCGAUAAUGUCCGGUUGGUGGGAGGAUCCACUCGCUGUGCUGGUGAACUGGAGCUGAAACAACAGAGACGGUGGAGAAAAGUGGACGACCAAACGUCUGGCUGGAAUCUAAAGACAGCAGAUGUUUUGUGUGAACAACUGGACUGCGGCUCUGUUGUUUGGACAGGGCAGAGGAGGGGUAACUUUUACGGACAGUUCCGGUGGAUUACAGCAAGUUGUCUUCAGUCUGAGUCUGCAAUAAGGGAAUGUGUAUCUACAAAGUUUGACUCUUCACUUUUUAACCUGGAGCUCAAGUGCUCAGAUAUUCUGGCUCGGCCAAACAUCUCCUUCUCUACCUACACUGACGGGGAUUCUGAGGCCAAGCAGCAGGGGCUUCAGGUGCUCAUGGGCUCCACCUUCACCAUCAGCUGCUCCAUCCUGCCACAGUAUCCUGGAGGCUCCUUCCAGCUUAUCUUCACCAACUCCAACACAACACAGAACUACACCUUGCCAGCUGUCAAUCACUCUGCCCAUUUCCUGUUCUCUGCUGCAGACCACACCCACCAAGGGAACUACAGCUGUGUUUAUCACAUCUAUGUUUUCUCCCACAACUUCUCUUCUGAGAGCCAGCCACUCCAUCUCACUGUGUCAGGUCUGAUGAUCAGACUGGUUGUCCUAUUGCUGAUUGUGGUCUUAAGUGCUGCCCUGUUUUUCUACUGCAAGGCGACCGAAGAGCAAAUGCCCAGACGAGAGGACAACAUUGAGCUGGAUCACUUUGGUGGUGCUGAAGACCGGCUGGGUGAAGAGGCAGGAGCCCGGGGAACAGAGUAG